AUGCGAGACAUACUCAACUUCAAGGUCGGGGGCGCUCUCGGUCACGGGGGCGCGAACAAGUCCGCGCUGCAGCACCAUGAGGGGGCACCAAGCAACACGCCACCGGACGGGGGGCCAACGCGAGGGGGGGUAAAGCGAUCGCCUCCAAACACAGCACCGCGCAUCAAGUACAACGGUGAUACGUGGGAUUAUAUCUCCUUCUCCUUACGAGCGAGAAGAGAUACGCGCGUUACACGUCCCCUGCACCUCCCCGUCCAACCCCAUGACUUCUUCUCCCUGAAGAGGCAACGAGAAGAAUGGGGUGCUCUCCGUCGCCCGCCCGCAACCUUCCACCUUCCCGGUACGAGGCAGGAGACGGAAAGGACCAAGAAGACACCCAGCUGCAAGUGUCCGCAUCAGGCCCCUCUCAUGCCAUUCUUUGUGGUUGUCAUCUUUAGGGAGAGGCGGCUGCAGGUGACGUCCAUACCGGUCACUUCCUCCCGCCCGGGAACGGCCCGCUGA